ACUAUUGUUGUCAAAAUGGCGGACCAAACAAAAGUUUUAUCGCCGGUUUUACAAGUUACUCCUACUAUUAAACAAGUCUUAGAAAAAGUUUUAAAAUGUAAAUGUAUCACAGAACCAUUGAAAAAUCAGUGCAGUUCUAUUAUUUCCCAAAGUACUGACGAAUUUGUUAUUUCAACCAAAAUUAUUAGAGAAGUAUACAACACUCUUCGGAAGGAAGGUUUGCAAGUUAAACAUUUCGUAAAAAUUUAGGCCGGUGAUGGGUAGGGCGAGAUGCGCCCUAGCCCUAAGCAUAUUGCGCGACGGAUAGAGCCUAAUGCUUCCUUUCGCCCAUAUUUGGGAUGAAUCACUGAAUGUAGACUUAAUCUUAUCGGUUUUGACAAACAAAAGUUGGCUCAUUUGGAGAGAUAGCACACCCUGAUGACACCAGGGUGUGCUAUCAGUGAUGUCAUUUGCAAGUUUAGUCCUUGGUUCCGAUAGGGUCAAAACCCUGGUUCCUAUAGCAGACCUGUUUACUCUUAUGAUUUUGGCGUACAAUGUACGAUUUUGAGGCCUAAAUAGUAUAUAUACUGUGUUUUUUUUACUAUUCAGAUAAUGUAUUGAACGAUUUUGUGAGGAUAGUGUACGAUUUUAAGAGUUGGAAGGUAAACAGGUCUGCUAUAGGGUCAAAACCCAUGUUAGGGAUAUGUUCAGGGUUCAAAUUAGGUUUAGGGAUACAUUUAAAAUUUAGGACAUAAGUUCGCGGGUCAUGGCACCCAAGAUGGCGGCUAUUGUUCUAUCUCUCCAAAUUUACACAAAAGUCUUCUUAAUUAAUCAAAUUAUUUAGUUUUAUACUAUAAUUAAUCAAACAUCAAUUAGCUUUUAAUUAAUACUAUGAUUGGGCACUUUGGUAUCCCCAGGAAAAAUCUGAAAAUCAAGUAUGAGUAUGGUAAUUUCAUUGUCAACAUGGCGACCUCCACUUUUUAAUUUACAGAGGGUAUAGUUGUUUCGCCUGUUAUGGUUGAUUUGAGAUUUGGUAAAAUGCAGACGCAAGUGCCAUGACUUAUCACACGACCGCCAACUUUAAGUUUGCUAAAAUUAGGAAUAAAAGGAAAAAAUUAAUGAAAAAAUGUCCCUAAACCUAAACUGAACCCUAAAUCUAUCCCUAAACCUAACCUGCACCCUAAAUCUAUCCCUAAACCUAACCCAAACCCUAAAACUAGCCUUAAAGCCACAAGUAAAAAACAUGUGGUAUUUACACACUGUGGCAAGAAAACUAUGAAAAUGAACAAAAAACAAUAAAAAAAUGGCUAAAAUAAUUAUGAAAUAAAUAAUGAUACCCCAACUUACAGUAUCAUGAAAUAAAAUUGUAUACAUUUUAUUUCAGGUUCUACUGCAAAGAAUAUCCAGAACAUGAUUAAAAUGUAAUCCAAAGUUCAUCAAAUAUGUUGAAAAAAAAAUUAUUAAAAUGACCAAACCAAUGCAAUUUUAAAAUUUAAAUUAAUUAACCAAUAAAAAUUUAAUUAAAAAACAUGCCAUUGAAAUAUUAAGGAAAAAAUUUAACUCUAGUUACAACAAUAAGGAGAGUGAAUCCAAAGCACAAACUUUACAAAAGUCACGAAAUAACGUCAUGGCACCUAUUCUCUGCAUUGACCGUUGAUUUUUAGCAUAAUAAAAAAUGAUACAUCCACCAAAUACUUAAAUCCAACAUCUUGCUUGUUCUUUUGAGAACUCAUUUGAUUAUUUUUUUCAAGGUUAAUGAUUUGAAAAUUGAAGUUGAUAUAGGUUAAUUUUACUCAAUAAUUUAUUUUUAAAACUAGCCCAAUUAAAAAAAUGGGUUUCUUAACUUUAUAAAAUCAUUUAUAACAUCCAAAGUUCAAGGUUGUAGACCGUAGGCUGUGGUCAAAAACAAAAAUCAAAGAGGUAACAUUUUUUAGGGUAUGUAUUUUGUCAUCAUGGUGACCAUGCUUGUUUGCAUAUUACCUUUUAACGAUAGCUGCCAUGGGGUAUAUAAUAAUUCAUUAAAUUUAUUAUCCAGAAAAUAAAUUGGAAAUAUAACUAAUAAUGAAUAAUUUUAAAUAAAUAAACAAAUUUUAUGUAAUAUAUAUGUAGAUAUAACAAACAAGAGCCCCAAGGAGCCGCAAUUAUUUUUAGGGCUUACUCGCCCCACCCAGUCACUGCAUACAAAUAAAAUAUACCUUUAAAUUUAAUAGUAAACUACAGAUAGUGAAGUAUUAAAUCUUUAACUUUGCUUUUUUUUUUUAAUGAUAUUCAGACCAAUCCCAGGACAAGACUACAAUCCCAUGACAAACUACUCUAGAGUUACAAUGUGAUAUUACUACUUAAAGUCCGAAUUAAAAAUUUAGUAUAAUUUAAUAAAAGUCCUUAAGAUUAGUAAAGAGAGGGCUGAAGCUAGAAAAUUUAUUUAUUUAAUAAUUUAUUUUUUAGCUUUUCACUCGACAUACCUAUAAUGAAAAGAAUAUGCCACACAUUUAUCAACUUAAAUUGUACAAUUUAGAAUAAUACAGAUAUUUUCAAUAGGGCUUAGUUAACUGCUACACAUUAAACCAAGCUUGUUUAUGUGUUAGGUUUACAGCAAGCAGUAGACAUAGAUCCAGUCUGAAAACAUCUGGAGCCAUGUGUAUACACAUUCAAAACAAGAAUAGAUGUCAUGAAAUAUUUAUUAUCCGAGGAUUGAAACUGAGACUGUAGUUUUUAUAGGUGGAUUGAUUUAGUCUGGUGAUUGAAAUCAAAUAUUUAAAUUGUUAAAAACCUUAUAUUUAGUGUUGCAUGAAGAAUUUAUCAAAUACGUGUAUAUUAUAAUGGAUUUGAUUUUAGCUGGAAGUGUAAUAAAAAUAUUUCUCACGAUUCACAAAACUGAAUCUAGAAAUUUAUCUUUCAUUUGUUUAGCUUUGCCUAGAGAUUUAAAGAAAUUAAGUUAUAUUGAGUAGAAGUAUUAUUUUGUUAUAAGUUGAAGAAAUGAAAUAUUUGAUUCACUUUAAUCUAAUAUACAAAUGUGAAAGAAUUAGCAGAUGAAAAUUUAACAAGUUUUUAAAAAUAAUUUUUGUUAUAGGUCACAAGGUAUUUUUACAUGAAAUUGUGGAAGAUGCCCUUGUAAUACCACAGUCUGUCACUCUCCCUCCUAGAGUAAGCGUUUCACUAUUAAUAAGCAUACAUACUAAAGUAAAGCUAGACAAGUUUAAAAAUCUAUGCAACGUAAUUAAACACAUCAGGUUGUGUGAUGUACAAAUUUUAAUAUUUUUUUUUAGAGAAAACAUCACUUUGAGAGAAAAAAUAUGUAAAUCAACAUUUUUUACUCUCUAUUUUGUUAUAACUCACAGAGUCCAGAGCUGGAAGAAAGAGUACGUAAACUAAAGAUUAUUGAGGAGAACAGAGAGUACAAAAGGAUGACGAGGAACGUUGGUCCAAGAGUAAGUAUUUUUAAUUAUAGAAUUUAAUUUAUUUUUAUUUUUUAACUUUCUUAAGUCGCGGUUGGCAACUUGUGGCUCUUAAGGACUUAAUGAGAUUUUUAAAAAUGUUAUCACUUAUUUUUUAAUAUUAAAAAGGGUGAAUAAAUUAAUCAAACAAAAUAUUUAUUGUAAUGAAGUUUCUAAAUUUAAAUUAAAGCAUCAUAACUCAAACAUUACUUCAGGUGUUGUGGGCAUAUUUGCUCUCUCAAUCUGCCCCUGUCUAUAGCUCUCUAAAUAUUUAUUAUCAGAAAUGGCUCUACACUUUAAAAAAAAGGUUUGCUGACCCCUGGUCUAAAUGCUAGUUUCAUCCCUAGUUUUUCUAUUGGUGCCAACUUAUUUAUUGUUUUGACAAAUGUUGGAUGCAUCACUACGUUAAAUAGGCUAAUAGUGGAGCUUUUUUUAUACUGACAUCAAUUCGCUAGUUGUUAAACAUACAAAUUUAGGGUAGUCUAGUAAAAAAGAAUUGUAUAGCUUAUUUAAAAAUAAAUCAAAUCAGUCUUAUAAUUAUCAUUGAGGUUUAGUUAUGCAAUCAGGGAACACUUAAACCCACAUUACGGUUGCACAAAAGCCUAUGGGACAUUUACAAUGAACCAUCUUUGCUAUAUUACAUCAGCCGCUCAUUGUUUAUUAUGUUUUCUACUUUGAAUAAAUAUUAUGUCUAUAUUGUUUGUAGGUACUGAAUUAUAAAAUAUUUCAAAAUUUUGUGCAAUUAAAGCGCUACUAGUUGUGUUUGGAUUUCAUAAUAAAUUAAAUUUAAAAAAUCAAUAAGUUAAUCUUAAAAAUAGUCUAUUUGAUCAAUUACAAAUUAUUCCUGCCUCCCAGAUAUUUAUUAACAUUCAUUUAGUAAUUGUGUUGAUAGAAUUUUUUUCUGUUCAUUUUUCCAUAGUAUGGAAGAACUUUGACAUUUCAAGAAGAAGGUAACUAGAAUUACUGGAAAUAUUAAUUAUACAACAAAGUAAGGCCGUCCUCAAAUGAACAUGCAGCAUUUUUCCCUCCUGAUUAUAUUAACAAAAAACAAUAUAAAUCAUUUUGUGGAGUAUAACCUUCACUUAGCUUCAUAUUUGAUUGACAAAACCUCCCCAUUUUAUCUAAGCCAUCCUCCACUAUGCCAAUGUCUUGGUGUAAUUGGUGUUGGAAGAGUAUUUGUUCAUUCUUGAUUACUUAAAAAUCAAUAUCAGCUAUGCUGCCAAUGAUGUUGUAUUAAAAUAUAGUUCAGUAAAUAAUAAUCAUUUUCAUUUUUGUUGUUUUCGCCAGUCAAAUCUUUGAACAAGCAGCUGGUGACCGUGUUCAACUUUUUAGUCACUGUCUUUGCCGGGUUUGCCUUUGGUUAUAAAGGUGCAGAAAUGGUCAUUGGAAAUCAGCUGGCAAUGGUAAAGUUUGAUUUAUUUGUUUCUUGCGAGUCCAAUGGCUAGGAGCCAACCAUCACAAUUAGAUGUAACAGUCAAACAGCUAGUUAUUCUACAUUUAAAUUUCAUAUUAAUCGAGGUUAACAAAACAUUUAUUGCUCAAUUGAAAAGCUUAACAAAACACUUUGAUCAAAUGAAAAAUUAACGUUAUUGUUAAAACACUAGCAUCUUUAUGACAGCCAACUGACAUUUUUUCCCCCGUUUUUUGUAGAAUUAGGUGAAGGGCUAGUAAACUCAUGAAAAUAAAACCUUUAAAUUAGUUUUUGCUGUAAUUUUUAAAAAAUAGUGUUACUGAAACUUUUAUUUUUUUAUUUCAAAGUUACCAAAUUUUUUUUCUUUUGUACCAUCAUAAAUAUGUAGAUGAAAAUCCUUAAUGUAUUUAUAUAUUUCAAUCUUCAACCAUCUCAACACUACAAUCACAUUGCAACUAUUUCAGAAAAUGCUUUCGGGAUUAACUGCUGGCCUUGUUGUGUUCUUUGUGGAUCUGUACUUCCUGAUGAGAUAUGCCUUGUGAUAGGGUGUGAACGUUUUAUGGUAUUUGCAAAGACUGUCACGAAGAGCAAUUGAAUAUGCAUAUUCAAAACUGUCAUUGAUAAUCUGAAGUGGUUUUAAGUCAGUUGAUGCUCAAACGUCAAAUUGUGUUGAAAUAUAUCCUACAAUCUGUAAGCACCCAGAUUAUCUAGGCAGGUGUAAAUAGUUUCACUGAAUAUUGUCUACAAAUGAAUGUUGAGUUGUUGAAUGUUAAAAAAGUUAAUUUAUUUUUGGUAAUUUUAUAUAGUCAAGAAUGUAACAUUGUGCUAGUUUCUGGAUUACUGUGAAAGUUUGGAAAUAUUUAUUUCUUGUUUCUUUCUGUUUAGUUACGACAUUGAUAUCCUGCCAUGACUUUGUUUACUUUUGUUUCUGUAGCAUUUAUUUAAAAAGAAAAAGAAAAGUGAUUUAUAUUUAAUAACCCAUGGAGCUAAACUGUUGUUUUUUAUGCUAUCAUUUUGUUUCUCUGCACAUACUACAAACAUCUCUUGAUGUUAAUACCAUUGAACUUCUGAAAAUGUUUACUUAGAGUCACUUUCUCCAUCAAUAACUGUUACUCAAUUGGGGGCCAUUUUUCCCCCCAGUUUCUUUUGUUUAUCCCUUGCCAUAAUCAAACUUUUUUUGUUAAACACCCACCAAAAAAAACAGUCCUAUUUGAUAUUGCUCUGAAUGCAGUAGUUGUAUUGUGUCUAUAGAUUGUAUAGGUAAUAAAGAUUUCUUAAAGGAAACUUAUCUCCAUUUCAGUGAGCUGAUCCAUUACCCACCCGCCAUCGAGAAGAAAUAGAAGUCUUCAAUUCUGUGAUGGUCAUUCCCAGUAAUAGGUUCUUACAUAACAAAACUUUUUUAAAAUAAUCUUUUGAAACCUCCCAAGAUUGUUCUGUGAUAUUUCAAACUAGACCUUAUUUAUCUCAAUACCAUGAACACUAUUGGAUUCUUCUCUCAGGCAUUCCUCAACACCACAUAGACAAACUUCAGAAGGCACAGAACUCAGCAUGCAGACUCAUUUUUAAAUUAAAGAAACAUGACCACAUUCAACCACACAUGCGGCAACUCCACUGGCUUCCAAUAUCCUCUCGCAUCAAAUACAAGUCUUCCAAUCUUUGCUUCAACUCGUUCACUGACCCUCACUUUCCUGUCUAUCUCUCUGAUCUGUUGCUUCCUUACAUCCCCACAAGACAACUACGUUCUUCCAUUGACAGUAGAACCCUCUCAAUCCCAAGAACUAAAACUAAGACCAUCGGUGAACGCUCCUUCUGCUUCCAUGGGCCCACGUUCUGGAACCAGCUCCCCUUCCAUAUACGUCAUAGUGAAACCUCGUCCAUUUUCAAAAAGUCCCUUAAAACUCAUCUGUUUAGGUCCGCCUAUGACCUGUGAUGCACCCUCCUUGCCCUACCUCAUUUUCUGUUUCGGGUUGAUCCUGAAGUGUCAAAGUGUCCUCGUUUUAUAGCCAUUUUCAUUGUUUCUAUAGAAUAGUAGUUACUAUCCUAGUGUCUCAUUUUUAUUUUACUUAGUUUACAUGUUUUAAUAAUUGUAAAGCGCUUAGAGCUUUAUGAUAAGCGCUAUAUAAAAAUGCCUAAAUAAAUAAAUAAAUAAAUAUCCAUCUCGCUGUGGAUCUACUAAUAUGUACAUUAUUAGAUAUCCAUCUGGAUGUGGAUCUACUAAUAUGUACAUUAUUAGAUAUCCAUCAUAAACAUUACUAGAUAUCCAUCUGGUUGUGGAUCUAAUAUAAAGACAUUGAAAAUUAUUGAAUAUCCAUCUGGCGGUGGAUCUACUAAUAUGUACAUUAUUAGAUAUCCAUCUGGAUGUGGAUCUAAUAAUAAAUGAAAAAAAUGAAAUUAGUCUCUCUUUGUUUCUAGAUAGUAGUAAUACUGGUGAAUGAAGACAUGACAUUGAUUAAACAUUUGUUUAACACUAUGCACAAACACUUAACGAACAUUGUCAUUAUAUCAUAAUAAAUGUUUUCUCUCUUUGUUAUUGAAAGUAGCUACAUUCACUCAGGAGAUGUAGCCAUUGGUUUUGUUACAGAGAUAGUUGUUUAGAUAUUUAAACAACUACCACUCACUAAGAUUUCAUAUGUACAUUUAAACAAAAUUAAAUUUGAUUAAUGAUAAUGACUGUC